AUGAAGUCUCUAUAUAAUCAAAAAACCUGUUUUGAAUGAUUAUGAUAUAUAUGGUGGGAAAGUAAUUAGGAUCGCGUUAAAUGUCGUUCGGAAACUAUACAAACUAUGGGCGCAUUAAGAAAGUCGAUUGUUCACCUCAUGGUCGUCAUUUUGAUUUAAUAUAGAUAUUUUCUUAUAUUGCCUAAAAGCUUCAGGUAGUCUGCGUGAUUCGUAUUACUUUUGAUGCAUUGCACAUGACUAAGUAUGGACUAAGUGAAACGAGAAAGAUCGUGGUUAUAAACGUGAUUGUGAUCGGGUUUGUCCGAUUAUAAUUUUGGAGAUUUCUUUUUAGUAGACUAUAGGAAAAGACAAUAAUCUAUGGAUUAUAUAUCUAUGGUUUCUCAUAGUGUUAAGUUCUAUGUUUAUCAUCUUUAUCUUAACCUUUUUGUUAAAUUACAAAUAAAAAAUGGAUUAAACUAAAAACACACAUAUAUGUAAACAAUGGAUAAUGCUCUUAACGUUACAGAGUGUUGUAGAACUUGUUUAAGAGUGGAUUGUGCUCUUACUUCUACCGAGGUUCAAGAUUCUGAUUCUAUAAAAUUUUUUGAUAAACUUGUCGCUUGCGUAUCUGAAGUGUCUUGGGUGAAGGAUAGCCUGCCUUUAAUUUGUUCAACAUGCAUUGAUCGCCUACGUGUGGCCUAUGACUUUCGUAUUGUUUGUCUUGAAUCCGAUCAAACAUUAAAUAGAUACAUAUCAAAGUUGGAAAUAAAUCUACAAAAUCGUACGUUAACAACACCUACAAAAUUUGAUUUUGCAUUGACUUCUGCAACCAACAGUCAAGAUUCAACUUUGAUCAAUGAAGAUCCACAAAACUCUGAAUAUAUUCACUUGAAACAUUUUUUAGAUAAUGAUGAAGAACUGGCUAAACAAGAUGAUUUAGUAGGCAAUGCAUGUGAUAUGGAAAGAAGUUCUAGUUCUGAAGAAAAUGAAUCAAGAAUAGAAUUUAUGAGUGAAUCAGAAUAUGUAAAAGCAAAUUCGUUAAUUCAAGAUAGUGUACCUGAUAAACAACAGUCUAUAUUACAAGAACAAUCAUGUCAAAGUCAGACACAUCUACAAUACCAAUCUCAAGAACCUCAUCAUCUGCAGAUGCAAGAUGUGCCCCAACAGGAACAAAUAGAUCAACAGUCGCAUAAUACAGAAAUUGAAACAACUCAAAUGCAACAUCAUAACGAUCUACAUACAAUUGUUCUAGGAUCUUUGCCAAAUGUUCACCAACCCGUUUCAAAUUCCACAAAUUUCAUAGCUGUUCCUAUUCGACAAAUUAUUAAAAGAAAUACGGGAGUUCAAGUAAGGCCACCUACACCCAAGCAAGACGACACAGAUGUAAAUGGAUCUACAGGAUUCACAUGCAAGGAAUGUGGCAAAUCCUAUAAAAAAAAAUCAAAUUUAAGAAUUCAUCUUAGAACUCAUACAGGAGAAAAACCUUUUGAAUGCAAAUAUUGUAUAAAGAGGUUUUAUCACUCUUCGCAUCUUCGAGAGCAUAUUCGUCGCCACACAGGCGAAAAACCAUUUCAGUGUGCAGUAUGUAAUAAGCGAUUUACAAUUAAGGGAGAACUUACUAUGCACAUGAAGUCCCAUACGGGUGAAAAACCUUAUGCUUGUACUUGUUGUGAUAGACGUUGCUUAACAUCGGCUGAUUUGAAGGUUCAUAUGCGAACUCAUACAGGCGAAAAACCAUAUUCGUGUACAAUGUGUGGCAAAAAAUUUGCAAGCACGUACAUAUUGAAUUCUCAUAUUAAAACGCAUACUGGAGAAAGACCGUACUCGUGUACUAUUUGCGAUAAAACUUUCACUCAAUCUUCACAUCUGAAUGUGCACAUAAAAAAACAUACAGGAGAGAAAUUUAAUUGCAAAAUUUGCAACUCAAAGUUUACUCAUUCCUCUCAACUGACGGUCCAUAUGCGAGAACACACAGGUCGGCAGCCGUAUAAAUGUACAGUAUGUCAUAAAGUUUGCAAUUACGCUUCAGAAUUACAGUCGCAUAUGAUGAAACAUACUGGAGAAAAAUUCACGUGUGUUACUUGUGAUAAAAAGUUUACGUCGGCAGCUUACCUGGCGGAACAUACUCGUACGCACACCGGAGAAAAUUUGUCGACGUGUACUGUUUGCGAUAGGCAGUUCACUAGGUCACAAUAUUUAGAAAAACACAUGCGAACUCACACAGGAGAGAAACCGUAUCCUUGUUUCGUGUGUGGUAAAAAAUUUACACAAUCUUCUAGUCUAAAGGUUCAUCUUCGUAUACACACAGGGGAGAAACCAUAUUCUUGUAAUACUUGUGACAAAAAAUUCACGACAUCAUCCGAUCUAACUGUACAUAAUAAGAAACAUCAAAAAUAUACUGAUUUGUAGAUUAGUUUUUAGAUAAGACUCUUUCUGUGAUAAUAAUAUUUUGUGAUUAAGAUGUAAUUUUAAGGGAAUUCAAUUGAAAUUUUGUAACUAAAUGAAUAUUUGAAAUUUCAUUGUAUCGGUCGAUGGAAAUUGAAGCUUGGGUAGUCCUAAUGCGAAAAUACUACAGCUAAAUAGAGGCAAGCAGAUAUUACAGGUCUGGUGGUGAUGUGCAGUAGAUGAGGAAACUACGAAAUAUUCUCUGUAAUCAUCGAGUUUUCGUUAACACAUUUUGAAAAAUCCUAGGAUUUGACCUACUGGAAGAGCCUUGUCUCCAAGCCAUGAACGCCCCUAAGAUUUUUUUAUUGUGAAAAGCCUUCAUAGGAUUGAGCGUCCAUAGAAACUGCUAAAGAGAUUACACAAACUAUCAGGAACAACAAGGCCUCCCUAUCCUUGGUAAUAUACAAUUGGGUUAUGUUCUUUAAUCAACGAAAAGAGCAAAUUUCCAUAUUUGUGGAAUAAAGACUGUCGCUUCUGUGGAAUAGAUGAGGAAACUACGAUACAGUCUCUGUAACCGCCAAGCUCUUGUUAACACAUUUUGAAACAUCUUAGGAUUCGACCUAGUGGAAGAGCUUUGUUUCCAAGUCAUCAGCGACCAAUGAAAAACUCAAAUUUCCAUAUUCGUGGAAUACAGGAAGGAAGAGCAAUUGAUCCGGACUGUCGCGUCUUUGGAAUAGAUGAGGAAACUACGAUACAGUCUCUGCAAUCGUCAAGCUCUCAUUGUUUUAUGGUUUUAUGUUUCCAAGCCAUCAACGGCCCAAAGAUUCUUCAAUUUUGAAGAGCCUCUAUAGUUGAAUGAGAGCGUCCAAAGGAACUGCGAAGGGAUUACAUAGAUAAUAAGGAACGACAAGGCCUUCCCAUUAUUGGUAAUAUAAAAUUCGGUUGAAUUCUUCAAUCAAUGCAAAUUUUUGAUUAUCUUAAGAGUACGUGGAAAAAUGGCUCUUUUUCUUUCCUAUCAUUAUAAGAAUUUGCAUGCAUUUUUGACAUUGGGAUAAUAUUAAUUUAGCAAAUUUGAUAUUGUGACCAUCGCAUUGGGGGUAAAAAAAAAGAAUUCAAUAAUCUGGUACAUUUGAAAUAUCAGUAAAAGUUUGAAUUUGCACGUUUAGGGUACUCUUACUUUGUGGAGAUCAGGCAAUACAAGUUUGGGAUGAAAAACUUAUAUAGAGAAAUCUAGUUAUGACGCAGCUUUGGUAAUUUGUUCUGUAACAUUGAUUUUUAUUUCUUCCCCGAAAAUGUCAAUGUAGUGUGCUUAUUAUGUAAUAAAGAAUAAUUUGCAUGAAUUAAUUUGCUUUUGGUAUUGAAUUCAUUGAUUUUUCAGAAAAAAAAUCAUUUAUUUCCAUUUGAUACAUGUAUUUUCACUUGAAAAUAUAUUUCCUGAAAUUGUGAUAUUAUAUUUAUGAGACUUUUAAUUAAAACAUGACUUUUUAUAAUUAUAUUUUAGCAUAUUAACAAUUAUUUUGUAAAUAUCGAUAUAGCUUCUUGAAUGUAAUUCAGAUAUGUUUUUGUGUAUUUUUAUAGUUUGCAAAUUAUAUAAAUGCUGUAUUUGUAAUAUGUAUAUACAAAUAAAUUAUUUACCAAAUUCAAA